AUGACCAUUUUCAUUUUGUUAGCGUUCUCCUGUCUCCAUAACACCGACGGCCGAUGUACUCCACAGGAUUGUCAGGUGAGUUCUUGGACUUAUUGGAGCUCGUGCUAUGGUGAGCGAUGCGGUGGACGAGGAGUCCAAAGACGAACAAGAUGGCAAGACAUCGUCCCAAGCUGUGGAGGAUCAGAAUGCCCGAUUUUGGAAGAAACACGGUCGUGCGACAGUGAACUCACUAGGCAGGACUGUCAGCUAAGUUCCUGGUCCCAUUGGAGUACCUGCUCAACUCCUUGUGGUGUGUCUGGUGUUGAAUCCAGCAGCCGGUACAAAAUAAUCACCGAACAAUGUGGUGGAUACUGCCCGUCAAUACUUCGUAAAACAAGGGCCUGUUUCGAAUUGAGCUGCCUCAACGGAGGGCGUUUGAAUCACGAUGGAACAUGCUCCUCUGCCGAGGGCUAUUCUGGACAAUGCUGUGAAGUGGAACCUGACGGUAAAUGA